AUGCCUCGGUCUCUUCCAAAGUCAACUGCUCCCUUGCGCGAGCAGGAGGACACCGAGCACACACGCACUGCCCAUACAGCUCCCCCCUCACCGACUACAUACCGACGAUCUCAAAGCUACCUCUCCGAAACACACACCGAAUACCAGUCCCUCGAUGCGCCCUUGGAGAUUACAGAAACAACGAGCCUCCUCGGUCCCGCUCAAGAAUUUCGACGACGAGCUCCUCGGCGGUCAUACACCAGCACUUCCGGGGUGUCGGGUAACGGGGCGGACUCGUUUCGACACCUUCUGGCGGCCGGCAGUCUACGGCGAACCCGAAAUCAUAGUCGUACCAAUUCCAUGGGCAGACGACUCAGUCGACGAGGGAGUAUAGAUGGUGAUAGCAGACCCGCUAGCCUUCCUCCGUCCACAAAGGACAAUCUUACUGCCUCCUCAUUUUUGGAUGAGCGGACUUGGUACGAUCAAUUUACUUCCACAGAUUGGGUGCAUGAUAGUAUCGCCGACGGCGCACGACUUCGCUUACUCCGCCAGCGGAAAGAUGUGCGAGGCCGGUUGUUGGCGGCCUUCGACGGUGCACAAGGAUGGAUAUUAGUUGCGCUCAUUGGGUGCAUCACCGCCGCCAUUGCUUACUUCGUUGAUGUCACCGAAGGGUCGGUUUUCGAUCUGAAGGAAGGCUUCUGCACGACCCAGGUUUUUCGUAAUCGGCGGACCUGCUGUAAAGGGCUGGGUAUUUGUGAUGCAUGGCAGCCGUGGUCUGAGAUUUUCUCGCCCUCAGGUACACAACGCCAGUGGGUUGACUUCGUCAUGUUUGUCUUUUGGGUUGUGACGUUGGCUCUCAUAUCGUGCGCUUUGACAAUGCUCACAAAAACUGUCGUUCCUUCGUCCAUUUCUCUUUCCACGCUUGAUGAAAACUUGGGCGCCGACUCCCGUGGGACAAGAUCUGGAAAUGGACCCGGUAUCUCGGAUUCUCCUCUUUCGGAGUCAGGAAUGAGUCCACCGCAUGGAACUCUGCCUAAUCUUCCAUCCCGUCCAGCUAUGAUCUACUACUCUGCUGCUGGCAGUGGAGUGGCAGAAGUUAAGGUUAUUAAUAGCGGCUUUGUCCUUCACGGGUAUAUGGGACUGAAAACGCUGAUCAUCAAAACCAUUGGCUUGAUCUUCAGUGUUUCGUCUGGUCUGAGCCUGGGCAAAGAAGGCCCAUACGUUCAUAUUGCCACCUGCGUGGGCAAUAUCUGCUGUCGUCUGUUUGCCAAGUAUAACGAAAACGAUGGAAAGCGACGAGAGGUUUUGAGCGCCAGUGCCGCCAGUGGUGUUGCUGUUGCCUUUGGUGCUCCUAUUGGCGGUGUUCUCUUCAGCUUGGAAGAAGUCAGCUAUUAUUUCCCACCCAAGACCCUUUUCCGGACAUUCUUUUGUUGCAUUGCAGCUACGCUGUCUCUCAAGUUCCUAAAUCCCUAUGGGACAGGUAAGAUCGUCCUGUUCGAGGUCAGGUAUCUUUCAGACUGGCAGAUCUUCGAGAUUUUCAUUUUCAUCCUGCUCGGUGUUAUGGGUGGCGCCGCUGGUGCGCUCUUCAUCAAAGCCUCGAGCUUGUGGGCACGAUCAUUCCGUCGCAUUCCGGCUAUUAAGCGUUGGCCAAUGCUUGAAGUCUUCCUCGUUGCGCUACUCACAGGCAUUGUUAGCUUCUGGAAUCGAUACACCAAACUUCCUGUCACUGAACUUCUGUUCGAAUUAGCUUCUCCUUGUGAAUCAGAUGUGGAGAGUACGGGGCUAUGUCCCCGCACAGAUGGUAUUCUUGAAGUCGUUCAGUACCUUAUGGUGGCUUUUGUUAUCAAGAGUUUCUUGACCAUAAUUACGUUUGGUAUCAAAGUGCCUGCGGGCAUCUAUGUGCCAUCCAUGGUUGUUGGAGGCUUGAUGGGGCGGAUUGUUGGACAUCUGAUCCAGUACUGGGCUCUUAGACAUCCCACCUUUUUCUUGUUCGACUCUUGCCCUGCCGUUGCUGGGAUUGAGUCGUGCGUAACUCCAGGGGUCUACGCUCUGAUUGCCGCUGGAGCGACCAUGUGCGGCGUGACACGACUGUCGGUCACUUUAGCUGUGAUUCUGUUCGAAUUGACAGGAAGUCUCAACCAUGUGCUUCCAUUUUCCCUGUCUGUGCUCUGCGCCAAGUGGACUGCGGAUGCCAUCGAACCUCGCAGCAUUUAUGACCUCUUGACCGAUAUGAACUCCUAUCCCUUCCUUGAUAGCAAACUCCAACCGACCACCGACGCCGAGCUGGGGGAUAUAGUCCGACCAGUGCGAAAGAAUCGCAUCAUCGACAUCUCUGGAUCGCCAUUCGUCGCAGCCACGGACCUUCGCUUGAAACUCGAACACCUGCUCAUGGCAGGCGAAUUGGACAGCGGACUUCCCAUUCUACGUGAGGGUGUCCUAGCGGGUCUGAUCCCAGCACCGGAUCUCGAGUACGCCCUGGAUACGCUGGGCGAUGAUGAAGAGAAUACGAUAUGCCUGAUGACUAUGGAUUCUUCCAUCGCCGUCUAUGACAGCGAAAACGAGGAUGCCUACCAGGUAAAUUUCAGUCAAUAUAUUGACCCUGCUCCCAUCGCUCUUGAUGUCCAUUCCCCUAUAGAUUUGGUCUAUCAAUGUUUCGCCAAGUUGGGUCUUCGUUACCUCUGUGUUACUCAAGACGGGAAGUAUUCCGGCCUGGUCCACAAGAAAGCAUUCGUGAAAUUCAUGAAGGACAACAGCGAAUAG